UAUACAAUAUCCCUGUAAAACAAUUUUAUAGAGAAAAAGCAUAGGAUAAAGUAUAGUUAGUAGCUUUUACAUGCAAUUUAUUGAGAUAAAUCUUUCACAUUUGUUUCUUUAGUAAAUUUUAGGAGGACAUUGAAGACGUAACUUCGAAGCAAGAUUACGGAGGACAGAGAAAAAAUGGGAAGGGUUUGAUUUGAUGAUCCAACAGCAGCAGUAGAGUAGAGUGAGAGUGAGAGAAGAAUGGAGGAAUCGGGUGGCGUGUGGUGGUGCGUUUCGGCAGUGAAGAUGAUAGUGGAGUCGAUAAAGAUCAUAGCCUGUAACAAACUGGUGUUCGCAUCAAUCAUGCUUCUCACCACCCUCCCUCUCUCCACGCUUCUAAUUUCCCAAUCCAUCUCCACCCACUCCCUCACCUCGCAAAUUCACCAUCUCGAGGCCCUUGCACGCUACGCCCCCACACGCUUCGAGGCCCGACAUGUCUGGCGCCAGUCCCGCCACGACGCCCUUUCACUCCUCCGUAUCAAGGCCCUCUUCUCCCUCCCCUCCUACCUCCUCUCCCUCGCCGCAGCCCUCUCCGCCGUCCACUCCACCCGCCUAGCCCUCCACGCCGACACCACCCACUCCCUCCUCUCCGCGGCCCUCCGCCUCUUCGCCACCACCAUCUUCGUCUACGCCAUCCUCUUAGCCUUCUCCCCCAUCCCGCGCUUCCUCGCUGCCCUAGCCUCCUCCGCCGCCGCCAGGCUCCUCCUCCUCGCCGCCGGGUCCGCCCUCGAGGUCUACCUCAUGGCCGUCAUGAGCGUCGCUCUCGUCGUCUCCGUCGCUGAAGAGAGGUUCGGCUGGGACGCCAUUCGGGUCGGAUCCGCUCUGAUGGAGGGGAGCCGGGCAUGCGGUUGGGCCCUGUCGGGUCUGUUCGUACUGGGGUCGAGCCUGAUCGGAUCGAAGGUGGAGCGGUUGAUGGAGGCUGAGGAUUGGAUCAGGGUUGAGGAUAAAGCCAAUGUGAUAGUUUGGUACGGUUUGUUAGUGCUGUGGAGUUACGUGAUUAUGACCAUCUUUUACUGUGAUUGUAGAAAACGCCAUCCAAUUAGGGAACUCCAACCAGAGGAAAUGCAACUAUCUGCAAUAUAAGGAGGAGCCACGUUUACAUUGGAGUACACAACUAAAUAACGGAAGCCAACUUAACAAAUUUUUCCGUGGAAUUGAAGGAGCAAUAAUCCACAUUCCAGAUUAUUUGGUCUAUCCGUAAUGCUGUAUUGGUAAUGUAGUGCUUUCUCAUCUUUGUGUGAUGAACAAGUUUUGGUGACGACAGAGAACUUGGUUAUCAACCUGUUCGAGGAAGCUUUAUUUUUUGGAAAGGUGGUUCCUGGUAAAUUCAGGGCACAUACUGAAAUACAUCAUACAUAUAUACUGAGGAAAUAUAAUCUAUACGACUAAUUUUAGGAACAAAAAAA